AUGGAGAAAAGUAUAUCCUACAGCACAUCUUCAAAAAUUCCUGAGGUUGGGAGUGAGAGACAUCCGCUGACAGUUGAAACUCCACCGACACCGAGCAGUGCUUCCAAUCCUGUGCCUGUGGUGGUGCCGCCGCCUACAAAUAUGCCAACCGGGCCGAAUAUUCUAUAUGAGCGUCCACCAGGUAUGAAAGCUAGGGUUUAUAGGUCAGCAGUCUGGGAACAUUUUACUACUUAUUGGGUUAGAAAUGUUAGGAAAGUUAAGAAUCCUGAGUCGGGGUUGAUUGAGGAUGUCUGUGAAUAUAAAGAGAGAGCUAAAUGCAAAUAUUGUCCAAAGGGGCAGGGAGAUUUUGCUGCAGAGAGUGGACCAAAUGGGACUGGGGGGCCUAACAAGCAUAUACCUAAGAAGUCAAUCAGAAAUGCUGUGAAGUUUGUGAGAAGCUCACCAUCUAGGUUGGCCCUUUUUAAGAAGGCUGUGGUUAGGGAAAAAAUUGAUUAUAAGGGGUUAGUGUGCUUAGAUGUGCCAACAAGAUGGAAUUCAACAUAUUUGAUGUUGGAUUCUACCUUGAAACUGAAAAGGGCAUUCAAAAGAAUGGAACAAGAUGUGGACAGCCCAUAUCUAGCUUAUUUUAAUGAGCCUGAUGAGGAGUUUGAUGAUGAUGGAAAUGCAAUUGUUCAGAGAAGGGACAAAAAAAAGAUUGGGCCACCAAGGGAUUCUGACUGGGAUGCAUGUGAACAAUUUAUCAGCUUUCUUGCUGUUUUUUAUGAGGUCACACUGAGGGUAAGUGCCUCUAAUCACCCAACCAUUCACACUACCUUCCAUGACAUUGUUCACAUGGAAGAAGUUUUGAUCAGCAGAUCAAUAUGUGCCCCCCAAACUGCAACACAAAAAUUAAUGGCUGACAUUGCAUCACUCAUGAAAACCAAGUAUAACAAAUACUUUGGUCAAUUGAAGGAUCUGAACCCUUUUAUUUUUGUGGGAAUUGUAAUGGAUCCAAGGUUUAAGAUGAAGCAUGUCACUAAAUUGUUGUCUGUUGAGUUGAUGUGGAGUGAUUAUGAGGUUGAGAAGAAGGAAAAAGAGAUCAAAGCACUAUUGUUUGAGUUGUUUGAAGAGUAUAGUGCAAAGAAUGAUAAAAGUUUGAAAAAAAGAAGUGUAGAACCUGUGACAAGCAGCAGCAACAGCAGCACCUUGAAGAGGCAUAAAAUUAAGGAAAAUGAUUCUCAUAUUGGGAGUAGGGUCAAUUUAGCCACCAGCAACUUGAAGUAUGUUGUUGAUUGGACAAAGCAUGUCACAGAAACUGAUGAGGCAACACUGGAACAUGAGAUUGAUACAUAUUUGAAAGAUCCUCUGUUAGCCAUUAAGGAUCAAAAGGGUGAUGACAUUGCUGCUGAGGAGUUGAUAGAGAAAUACAAUUCCUUUGAUAUAUUGCAAUGGUGGAAAAAUGCAGACUCCCGGUAUCCAGUUCUCUCUUCACUUGCCAAAGAUAUUUUUGCUAUUCAAGUAUCAACAGUGGCUUCUGAGAGUGCUUUUAGCACAGGAGGGAGAGUCAUUGAUUCAUUUAGGAGUUCAUUAACUCCUAAAUCUGUGGAGGCUUUGAUUUGCAUGUAA